AUGAGUCGAUGCAGCCAAGGAUGUAUGAAAAAAAUGAGCAGUGUGAAUCUUGACAAACUUAUAAAUGACUUCUCACAUAUAGAAAAGAAAAUGAUAGAAACCAGUGGAAAGAACAGUGUAUUGGAUAUGCAUUUGGAAAAAACUAACAAUUUAUUAAAAGUAAUGCAAACAAAGGAGAUCGCUAUUAAAGAAGAAUGUACUGCUCUUAAUAGUAUGAUAAAAGGGUUACAACAGACCAUUGAAUAUCAACAUAAUUUGAAAGGUGAAAAUGAACAGUUAAAAAGAGAUGCUGAUGUUAUGAAAGAAAAGUUAAAAUCUUAUGAACAGGAAUAUAAGAAUAAUAUUGCCAAACUCAUGACUGAAAUGAAAAUCAAAGAGGGGGGAUAUAAGAAAGAAAUAAGGAAACUUUACCAGGAUAUGCAGGAAAAAGUUGUAAUAAACGAAGAAAAGCAUAAAGAACUGAUAGAGAAAAAAGAAGUGGAAAUUUCCGAGUUAAAUGCAAAGUUAAGAACUCAAGAAAAGGCAAAGCAAAAUGAAAUAAUCAGACUACAGCUAGAGUUUGAUACCAAACUAGCAAGAAUUCAAAAUAAAUCAAAAUCAUAUCCAGAUUCUACUGUUUCGCCACAGAGUAUCUACAGAAGGAAGCUUCAACAUCUUCAAGAAGAAAAGGACAAGGAGAUUACAGUUCUUCGUAAUACCAUUCGUGACUUAGAGCAACGCAUCUCUGUUGGCAAAGAUCCUCACCGUAAGCGUAGACGGUUUUGA